AUGGCAACCCCAAGCUCAGCAAGUGGCAGCGUCGCCAAGAAGGUUUUCCAAAAGGUUGACCUUGACGGGAACAACCUACCUCCCUCGCCGGCUCCCUCGAGCCCCGCCAAUGGCCGGCGCCGCUACGCCCUCGCCACGGAGCUCGUCUACACCGACAACAAGGACCAGUAUGGCGCCUCCAGCUUCCCUAUCUACCGCUCCGCCACCUUCAAGCAGUCCGGCGCGAACCCCAACGGCGAGUAUGACUACACUCGCUCCGGAAACCCCACCCGCACACACCUCGAGCGCCACCUGGCCAAGAUCAUGAAUGCCACUCGAGCCCUGGCCGUUGGCUCUGGCAUGGGCGCCCUGGAUGUCAUCACACGUCUUUUGAGACCCGGCGACGAGGUCAUCACUGGCGACGACCUGUACGGUGGUACCAACCGCCUGCUUACCUACCUGUCCUCCAACAUGGGCAUUGUCGUCCACCACGUCGACACCACAAAUGUCGAUAGGGUCAAGGAGGUCCUCUCCAACAAGACCAUGGUGCUGCUCGAGACCCCGACAAACCCCCUCAUUAAGAUUGUCGACAUACCGACCAUCUCCAAGAUGACCCACGACCUCAACGGCAAGGCCCUGGUCGUCGCCGACAACACCAUGUUGUCCCCAAUGCUUUGCAACCCCUUGGAACUGGGCGUCGAUGUCGUCUACGAGUCCGGAACAAAAUACCUCUCGGGUCACCACGACAUCAUGGCUGGCGUGAUCGCCUGCAAUGACGCAUCUCUGGGCGACAAGAUGUACUUUAUGAUCAACUCGACCGGCUGUGGCCUGUCCCCCGACGAUUCGUCACUGCUGAUGAGAGGCAUCAAGACCCUGGCCAUUCGCAUGGAGAAGCAGCAGUCCAACGCACAGGCCAUAGCCGAAUUCCUCGAGUCACAUGGCUUCAAAGUCAGGUACCCAGGCCUCAAGUCCCACCCGCAGUACGACCUCCACUGGACCAUGUCCCGCGGAGCAGGUGCCGUUCUGUCCUUCGAGACUGGCGAUGUGACGAUCUCGGAGAGGAUUGUCGAGGCCGCCCGGCUUUGGGGAAUCAGUGUCAGCUUCGGUUGCGUCAACAGUCUGAUCAGCAUGCCCUGCCGGAUGAGCCAUGCCAGCAUCGACCCCAAGACCCGGGCAGAGAGACAGAUGCCCGAGGACAUAAUUCGAUUGUGCGUCGGUAUCGAGGACGUCAACGACCUGAUCGACGAUCUCUCGCGCGCGGUAAGGCCUCCAGAAUAUACCCAGCUUGAAGUCGAGUGCAUGUUCUAA